CGGCACUCGUCAGUCAGUCAGUCAGUCAGUCAGUCGUUGCUGUCUCGUUCGUCUUCGUCGCUGUCCGCCUCGCCGAGGAAGCGCGACAGCUCCAUCGCCACAUGAGCCGCACGCUCACGACGGGCUUCGUCACUGACAUUAAUCGGCACACAGACAUACACAUGCACACGUCACGUCACUCAAGUGGUGGGUGCUUCGCCUGUGUGUGUGGUAUGGGGUCUUACGAGAGGUUUGCGCCGUCUUCCCGGACUGCCCUAAUCUUCUCCGUCAACCUGCACACACACACACACACACACACACACACAUGGGUCAGUGUGGCCAAAGCGCUUGCGCGAUCGCUCACCGGUCCAUCUCCGCCAGCAGGUGGUCUCUCUCAUCUUCAUGGUCGUCCCCAUCGCAAUGGUCCUCCCACCCACAGUCUUUGCCCUCGCGCAAACCACGCGCGAUGCGGUCUAUCGACACUCUCUCAUCCACUGGAGCAGAGGACGACGCUGCGUCUGCUGUCGAUGCUGAUGGUGCUGAGGGCUCCUUGGCACCAUUCUGGCCUUCGUCCUGCUGCUGUGUGGGUGAUGCUGCCAGUGGUGGUGCUGGUGAUGACGUUGGUUGCUGUCUUCUUCUCAUUGACGGCCACAUGUGGCAGUGGAGCGCCUCUCUGAUGCGGGCGAUGCCGUGCUUCUCGAAUGGGCCCGCUGGCUGUGAAUCGUCUGACUCGGUGAAGGGGACGAGCUCGAUGCUGUGCUCGAUGCACCUGCCGAAACACACAUACACACCACACACACACACACACACACACACACAAAUCCACCAUUUGGCUGCUGGCACCUCCCGUCCGUCUGUCUGCCCGACUGACUCACCAGCUGCGGAGGUGGUCAGCCGAGGCCGCUCCGUCAUCCUCCUCCAUCUCGCAAGCCACGACAGCAAUCUUGUCGGCAUCGUUGUCCGCCCACUCCCGCAGCCGCGUCAUGACUCCCGCGUCCUCCUGUAGCACCCGCAGCCCGCCCUCCUCUAUCACCGCAACAAUCGCCUCAAUGCUCACACCGUUGUCGGCCUCCAUCGCCUCCAGCGGCCGAUGAUCCAUCGCCAGAGGCCUUGUCAUGAUCGUCACGUCGGCCUCAUAGUACUUGGUCUCGAUGCGCCACGGCAGCAGGGAUGCGGGUGAUGGUUUGCCUCGGUUGUUGUCAUCUGUUGGGGCUGUGUGGCCGGUGAGGCGGCGGAUGAAUGGGUUGACACCGAUGGACGGCGUGUGCGCGACGAGAAUGCUGCUGUUGCGAACAGACAUGGCGUUGCUGGUUCCUUC